AUGAACGAACAGUUCAAAGUGUGGAAGAAGACCAUUCCCUCGUUGUAUCAAUAUAUUACAUCGUUUAAGCCAAGGUACGCUUUGGACGCUGAAGAUUUGUGUACGCUGAAUAAAUGUUUUGUGUUUACUCAUAAAAUAGUUCCUCAGAAAGAUAAGGGGGUACUGGAAGCGUCUGCAUUAAUAGCGAUGGGCAGUAGGAUAUUUCAAAUUGACUGCAUUUUGCCCCUUGGUCUUCAUGUGGAGGAACCUGAGUCUUCUAGUGAACCAGUUUUGCCGGACCCUCAAUUUGGUGAAAGCCCAAUUCCGCAUGAUUCUCUACAGCCUGUGUGGAUAUUCCCCGGCAAGAAUAUUUCCAGUGUGCAAUUCAUGGAUGGACCGCAUUUCAGAGCGGUAGCUAUGUGUACAGACGGCUCCUUAGGUUGGUUCAAAGAGGGAUCUGAAAAUCCCCUAUAUGUGCUAGACGGAAAGGGACCAGCAAACUCUGGUAGUAGCACUAAUGGUCAAAGUGCGAAGACCGAGAACAGUAAGUAUAUUGCGAACGAAUUUGCAGUGUCUCAAGACGGUUCUGUUAUUGUUAGGGUCCAAAGUGUGUCAAGUGGGAAUGAUGUGCACUGUACGCUACAAGUAGUUGAUAAUUCGGAAAACAUUAGCAAGGUUAAGCAUUCCACUACUCUUCAGAAUAUUUGCGUUACAAAUGUGAAGUUUCACAACAAGUACUUAUUUGGAAUGUGCUGUAGUGACAACAAAUUGGGAUUCUGGGACGUCCGAACAGCAGGGAAGGCCAUCUGGUGGUUGAACGAAGAUAAGGAAGAUGGCAGCCUAACGUGUUUUGAAACUUCACCUAUACUAGAUAUGUUGUUCCUAACAGGUACUGAUAGCGGCUCCAUCAAAUUAUGGGAUUUUAGGUCCGUAGUGGCGGGCUCCAAAGGUGAGCCAGCUACUGAACUACUUAGACUUUAUCAUCAAGACAACGAUCCUGUCGUCGAUAUCAAGUUUGCGCUAAAUUCCCCAACCACCUUCGUUACUAUAGGUAAAUCCGGUAAUAUUUACCACUGGGAUAUAGAAUAUAUGCUACAACAAAUAUCAGAGGAGGAUUCUGAGGAAGAAUUGCCAACAUUAGAGGACAUCCAACAACAAUGUUUGACAUUCUUACACACUGGAGGAGGUAGGAGGUCCCUAGGUACCAAUGUAAAGAGAAAUACGGUAGCUUGGCACAGGGACUUCAGCGAUGUAAUUGGUUGUAUCGAUUCAGACGGUCUAGUUACAAUCUAUAAACCGUAUUUUGGGAGGCCAGAAGAGAGUGCUGUUGAAGAUGAUGAUGUUGGUAUAAAUAACAAAUAG